CUCAACCCCCCAUUCUCGCUACCAAUCAGUUCUAGCAUCUCCUAUCUGAUUUUCAAAUUUCAACAAUGGCACGAACUAAGCAAACUGCCCGCAAGUCUACUGGUGGCAAGGCCCCCCGCAAGCAGCUGGCCACCAAAGCUGCUCGGAAGUCGGCUCCAGCCACCGGCGGCGUCAAGAAACCCCACCGAUUCAGGCCUGGAACCGUGGCUUUGAGAGAGAUUCGAAAGUACCAAAAGAGCACUGAGCUCUUGAUCCGCAAGCUCCCAUUUCAGCGUUUGGUUCGAGAAAUUGCUCAGGAUUUUAAGACCGAUCUAAGGUUCCAGAGCAGUGCCGUGGCCGCGCUUCAGGAGGCUGCCGAAGCCUACCUCGUGGGGUUGUUUGAAGACACCAAUUUGUGUGCGAUCCAUGCCAAGAGGGUGACCAUUAUGCCUAAGGACAUUCAACUCGCUCGGAGAAUUAGAGGCGAGCGGGCUUAGAGGACGCUGUCAUCUGACCGUCUUUCUCAUUUUAUUUGUAUAUUUCCGUAUCCUAAGGUGAUUGUUGUCUUAUGUACUUGUUAGGUUUUUCUGAAUCAAUUAGUUCGGCAUUCAAGUUUGA